AUGAAUUCGAACCUUUCAGGCAACGAGUUCUUCCCCUCUAGCUGUGAGUUCUACGUUGAUAUGGGAGGAAGACUGCAUCAACCUUCGACAAUAACUCAAACUUUCCUUAUUAUUAUCAUUGUCGUCCACAUUCUUACAUUUCCUGUCACCGCUGCCUUGAACGCGCUUGUUAUGAUUGCCGUCAAAAUGAAAUCACGGCUGAGAAGUCACAAGUCGAAUAUUGGACUCGCCUUACUAGCUUCAACAGACUUCGUUGUGGGCAUCCUUGUACAGCCCUCCUUCAUCGCAAUGAUUAUAACAGUCUUACUUGAUGACGUUUCUAGUGCAACGUGCGUGUUGCAAGCUCUUACAAGGGCUAUGUCAGUCGUCAGUGUCUCUACCUCUUUAAUAAACAUGGCUUUGAUUAGCGGAGAGCGGUAUGUAGCCAUGAGACACCCGUUCGCGCACUUUAGCCUCGUUACCGAAGCUCGUUUUCUUGUUGCCUCUGUCUUAGCGUGGCUACUAUCAAUAAUUGUUCACAUUGGUAUUGUCGUUUACAGAUCUGUAUUUUUGCCGCUUAACAAUGCAACCAUGGGUCUAUGCCUCGCCUUUAUAAUCUUCUGCCAUGUUACGGUUUACCGAGAAAUCCGCCGACACGAAAAGCAAAUUGCAGCUCAGCAAGUGACCGUGGAAGCAAGGGAACAAUUUCAAAAAGAUAAAAAGGCUUUCAAAGUGACGUUUAUCAUCAUUGUAGUGCUCACAUUGUGUUAUACAUCCCUGCUGAUUUUUAGAGUUGUCUUAGUGAGGUAUCAAAGUAAACUGUCUUUUGACGUGCUUUACAUAUAUUUCUUUUUGGCAACGUUAAUGACGUUAUUGAACGCUUUUUUCAAUCCUCUUAUAUACGCAGCCAGACUGAGAGAGUUUCGUGUGGCGUUCAUUGAGUUUAUUUGUAGAACAGGGAACAUUGCCGAGGCUGAACAGAUCUAG